ACUGUGUGUGUAUCUGUUUGUGAGUGUGUCGUGACCUGUAUAGUACACGUUGUUCGUCUGUCUGUCGUGCACAGCCAUGGCUCCUCGUGCCGGCUGUCUCCUCCUCCCACUCUUCAUUGCAUUGGCAAGAGUCAUCUUUGUAGAUGCGGAAUGCGGCAUUCUAUCACCCACUACUUGUACGGAUGAUGUAGCCACAUUAUGUGCCGACUGUGGCACAGUCUCUCAAGUGCCGAACCCUUUUGAUUGCACCAGUUACUACCUGUGCAAGGAUGCCACCAACCUUUUAGUCCCUGACCCCCUCCCCUGCCCGGACGGUGAUACAUUCGACGAGAAAGAAUUGGUGUGCAAGCCAGACGGCAAAUGCUCGCUUAACUGCAACCUUCCAGGUGGCGGCGGAGACUGCUUUUAUACCUGUAAUGGGGAUCAGAGUAAAAAGAUAGCCGAUCCAUUUGACUGCAGCGUGUUCUACCAAUGUACCAGUACGGAGCCUGAGCCGGCUACAACGUGUCCUGCUGAUGCACCGUACUUUACUGGGGACAAGUGUGGUGUGGAUGAGUCUGCUUGCUGCCGUUGCCGCCCCUACUGCUACGCCGGAGACGUUGCAGGCAAGUACGUACAGGACCCCACAGACUGCCGGAAAUACUUCGUGUGUACAGCGGAGCAUGAGAUGCCGCCGUUCCAAAGUGAGUGUAGAGAUGGUGAGACCUUUGACUCCCGCGCGAGGAAGUGUAGCAGCACGGCGCCGUGCAUGACGCUGUGCAGGAACGUGGUGGACGAGAACGGCUGCAUCGACCCGUACACGUGCCAGGAAUUAGGCUACUUCCCCAUAUGCAAGACACAGUGCCUGAGGGAAUACUACCACUGUGUGGAGGUCAGUGACGAUUACGCCACGCCGGAGACGUGCCCCAAUAACCUUGUCUUCAACCCCGACACUCUGACGUGUAUCAAGAACGAAGCCUGUCCUUAUACCCAGUAGCUUCCCCGCUGGCCCUGUACCCGCCUGGCUGCUGCGGCGCCACCUGCCUCAGUAAAGUGUUGGGCAGCACCUUUGUCUCCUGGGUCAAUACAAUGCUGUGGCGGG